GGAGUUGGGAAGAUGGGAAGUGUUUAUCCCAGCUGAAGUCAGACUUCGUUACAUUCCAGGGAGUUCCAACAACAGAACAUUAAGUGAGAAGAAGUGAAAACAGUGCUUUAAAGUGAAGGGCAAAAAAAAAAAUACAAUUUUGAUUUGUAGAGAUUUGUUUCGAAAAAGUGAAUUGCCGAGAUUAACUUGUUACCAUUUAGACACAGGGGAAGUAAGUUGGAAGCCAAGACUGAACUCUUUCUGCUUUCUCCUGAGGAAUGAUCCAUUCCGCUCAAGUUAACAAGAACAAAUUCUGAACAGUCCUCUCUGAUCGAAAGCUGACUGGCGACAUGCAAGAGGAUAAGAAGAGACCUGCCAGCUCGAUCCCAUACAAUCCAGCUUCAAAUGGGAGGCGUUGCCAAUCCCCAGGCUAUGUCCCCGGCAGAGUGAUGCCUGUCCGACCGCCCCCUGCUCCAAGGGUGGCCGAUCUCUCUGUGCAAUGGUCCUCUUCCAAAAUGGAUAAUCAAGCCAUCUUUACACGCAGAGGGAAUGAUCAGUGGCACAGGUCUGAGGAGUCCAGGAGAAAGAAAGUGAAGAGUAGCUACAUAUGCUUUGGUAUUUUUAUGGGUAUAUUGCUUAUUGUUCUCGCGGUUGUCUUGGGAACAGGUUCCAAAUUCAAACGAGAUGAGAACUGCCCUGAUCAGAAGUUUGGAUUUAGAGAUUGGAAUCCAGGGCACAACAAACAGAAAAGAGUCAUCAUCGAGAAAGGAGAUAAUCUCAGACUAGUUUCAUCAGCAACUGUUCAUUCCAUCAUCAUUCAGCAUGGAGGAGUGUUGGUCUUCGCUGACAGCGCAGAUGGUUCCCAAAAUAUUUCCCUAAAAUGUGAUUACAUCCUGGUAAAGGAUGGAGGGGCGCUUCACAUUGGAGCAGAAAAAUGUCUCUAUAAAUCCCGGGCCAAGAUCACGCUUAGCGGCCGAUCUGAUGAAGGUGAGGACGUGCCAGGGUUUGGCAAGAAGUUCAUCGGGGUGGAGGCUGGGGGCAUUCUAGAGCUACACGGUGCUCAGAAAACAUCAUGGACUCUGCUGUCCAAGAGUCUGCCCCCUUCUGGACUGGAGGCUGGCUCGUACUUUGAGAAACCGACCACCCGUGGGCUGAACGUCCGAGUGAUUGACCAGGACACGGGGCAGGUGCUGCUGGCUGACAAGUUUGACACUCACGACUUUGCCAAUGAAAGCAGGAGGCUGCAGAACUUCCUGAAAUCUCAAGACUCUGGCCGAAUAAUUGCUAUUGCUGUGAGGGACUCAGCUGCCAAAAAUCUACUUCUGGAAACAAAGAAGACUAUUCAGAAAUUGCUUGGAAGUAGGCAUGUUCAAGAUUUAAGUUACAGACAAGCUUGGGCUCUUGUAAGUGUGGUUGGCGGUGGUAACUUAUCUUGCAGUGAGUCUGUCCGAGACUAUGAGAACCAUGACACAGGAGGGAAAGCAAGAGCCAGCAGGGAGUUUGUCACUGUGGAUGGAGUGAAAUUUGCAGUAUCUGCCUCAAGUCAAUGGAAAAAAGGGAUUCCACUGUCAGAGUUUCAUGUGGAGGUGUCUGGCGGCUUUAUCCUGGACCUGCUAGAUGAGGUAGAAGGCUGGGAGAAGGAUGACCGGAUUGUUAUUGCCAGUACUGAUUAUUCCAUGUACCAGGCUGAGGAGUUCACUCUGCUUCCUUGUCCUGAGUGCACAAGGCACCAGGUCAAAGUCAAAGAAAAGGCUCAGUUUCUUCAUGUUGGAGAGAUUAUGGAUGGGAUAGACAUGAGAGCAGAGGUGGGAAUUUUGACAAGGAACAUUAUAAUUGAGGGGGAGAUGGAAAAUUCCUGCUAUGGUGACAACUGGUGUCAGUUCUUUAAGCAUGACACAUUUGGAGGACAUGUGAAGAUUUUGAAAAAUUUUACAUCUGUUCAUCUCUCUAAUGUGGAGUUGAUGCACAUGGGUCAACAGGUUAUGGGCAGCUACCCUGUGCACUUUCAUCUCUGUGGAGACGUGGAUACACGUGGAGGCUACAGUUCACCAACAUAUCUGAAAAGCCUUGCAAUUCACCACUGUUUCUCCAGAUGUGUCACUGUACACGCAACCAGUGGCUUGUUGAUACGUGACACUGUUGGCUAUGACACACUCGGUCACUGUUUCUUCUUGGAAGAUGGCAUUGAGCAGCGGAACACGCUCUACCACAACCUUGGCCUUGUCACCAAACCUGGGACUCUUCUGCCCACAGACAGAAAUGAUGUGAUGUGCUCCUCAAUUCUUAACAAUGUUUAUGGCAAUUACAUCCCUGUGCCAGCGACUGAUUGCAAGGCAGUUUCCACAUUCUGGAUUGCCAAUCCCAAUAACCACCUCAUCAGCAAUGCAGCAGCAGGUUCACAGGAUACAGGAAUAUGGUACUUGUUCCAUAAAAUUCCUACAGGAGAUUCCCAAGGGUUGUUCUCUGAAACUAAAGCUGAACUUACUCCAUUGGGUACUUUCUACAACAACAGAGUUCAUUCGAACUUCAAAGCAGGACUGUUCAUUGACAAGGGAGUGAAAAUCACCAAUGCUAGUGCUGAUGAUCCAAGGGAAUACCUUUGUUUGGAUAACAGUGCGAGGUUCCGUCCUCACCAAGAUGCUGACCCACAGAAAUCACGUGUUGCUGCCGUCAUUGAUAGGCUGAUAGCAUUCAAAAACAACGACCAUGGAGCUUGGGUCCGAGGAGGCGAUGUUGUAUUUCGCAAUUCUGGGUUUUCUGAUAAUGGAAUUGGAUUGUCCUUUGCUAGUGAUGGCAGCUUCCCAAAGGAUGAAGGUUCAAGUCAAGAGAUCUCUGAGUCGUUGUUUGUUGGAGAAAGCAGGAAUUAUGGAUCUCAGGGAGGCCAAAACAAAUACUGGGGUGUCGGUGGGGUCGAUGGGAAAAAUCGCACGCUACCAAGGGACAAGACAUUCCCCAUCCGAGGAUUUCAGAUUUAUGAUGGUCCCAUUCAUGUCACCAAGACAACCUUCCAGAAUUACAUGGCAACACCAGUUCGAUUCGCCAGUGCUGUCGGAUUCUUUCUGAAGAACCCCUGGCAAAUGACUCCAAAGAACAGUUUGUCUCUAGUGAAGUUUGGCAAAAGUGUGUCCUUGAAGGUUUUCUUUGGCAAACCGGGCCCGUGGUUUGAGGGCUGUGAUCUCGAUGGUGACAAGAAUGCCGUGUUCCAUGACAUUGAUGGAUCUGUGACGGGCUACAGAGACACAUACGUAGGCCGCAUGGAUAAUUUCCUGAUCCAGCAUCCCAGCUGCGAGAAUGUCACCUCCUGGUUUGGUUCAAUCUGCAGCGGAAAAUAUGCUCAGGUUUACGUACAAACCCGUCGACCUCAAAAUCUAACCAUGACCAUUGUAAGAGAUGAAUAUUCCAACAAUCCUAUGACUCUACGUGGCAUCAACCAACGAGCAGACUUCCAGCAAUACCAGCCCGUAGUGAUGCUGCAGAAAGGCUACACAAUUCACUGGAAUGGUCGUGCACCGGAGGAAACCUUUCUGUAUCUUAUAAACUUCAAUAAAGAGGAUUGGAUCCGUGUUGGUCUCUGUUAUCCACAAGCCACUACUUUCCAAGUCAUAGCUGACAUCUACCAAAGACAAAACUCAACGGCUCACAGUGUAGAGGAUUACAAAGCAGUAUCUUCUCUUAAGGAGGUACAGAAUAAACCAGCAGAGAGACAAUACUAUUUCGACAAUAGUACUGGGCUGCUGUUUCUAAUGCUGCAGGCACGGCACCAUCGGGAGGGGCACAGUUACUGCUCAACCCAGGGCUGUGAGCGAGUGAAGAUCACAGCCACCAUGCAGUCCCAGGCUGUGAGCAACUGUAUGGCAGCUGGCUCCCGGAAGUAUGCCAGCUCUCCGAAGGCUACGGUAGCCAUGCCACCAAAGAGCUUGAAUGAAUGUGAGAACUGUGGAGCUUCUCAGCGAGUUUUUACAAGUGAUCCACACAAAACCUACCUCCUCGUGCAAAUCCAAUCCCUCAGCAAAACUCAAAUUCUGCAGGGACAUAGCGAGUCCUACAUUUCUGUGAAUGGGAUCAGGUUCCCAUUUCAGAAUGGAUUUUUUGUGAUGCUGGUUGAUGCCUGCAGUGGAACAGUAACCAAACAUACAUCAUUUAACAAAGCAGAUACAGCGAUGGCCAAAUUCCUGAGCACUGGAAUCGCCCAAAGAUCAAUUAUCUUAUUAGGUUCAAAAGACACAAUAAGUGGUGACAUUGAUACCAUUUCUGAGAAGAUGGUCCAACUGGGCAUUGCAAAACCUGCACAACUUCACAAAAAGGAGAGCAUUGCUUUCUUUGGAUACAAAGGGGAAUUUAACCCAUCGUGGACCAGGCUAUACAGCAGCCCUGCUGGGCAGAGCCUACAACUCUUGGAAAAAUACAUUCCACUUCACCUCCAAGACUAUUUCUGCACGAAUGUUACCAAACCACAAAGGAAAGAACUGGAACUUUUACAAAAUGCUUUACAGUGAAUAUCAAUUUGAAUAAAUGUGACCUAACUUAUUUUAUUAA